AUGUGUUCUUCUACGCCCCAGAGAGAAGUUUUGCCCACGAACGUCAAGCCUUUGCGCUACGACUUGACUCUCGAGCCGCUCUUUGACUCCUUCACUUUCAAUGGUGAAUUGACCAUCGACUUGGAGGUCAGGGACAAGUCAGACUCCGUCACCGUCAACCUGUUGGAGAUUGAGGUCCAGCACGCCGACGUCGACGGCGAGAAAGUCAAGGAUGUGACUUUCGACGAAGACAAACAGACGGUUACUUUUGCCUUGGCCAAAUCCUUGGAGGCCGGCUCCACCGCCGCUUUGAACAUCAAGUUCACCGGUAUCUUGAACGACAAGAUGGCUGGUUUCUACAGAUCGUCGUACACCGACGCCGACGGCAAGACCAGGUACUUGGCCACCACGCAGAUGGAGCCCACCGACUGUAGGAGAGCGUUCCCCUCCUUUGACGAGCCAGCGUUGAAGGCCAAGUUCGACAUCUCCUUGAUCUCGGCCAAGGAGUUGGUCCACUUGUCCAACAUGGACAUCAAGGAGGAGGUUGCUUUGGGCGACAAGAAAAAGACCGUCUUCAACACCACCCCAUUGAUGUCCACCUACUUGGUGGCCUUCAUCGUCGGUGACUUGAAGUAUGUGGAGAACAAGGACUACGAGAAGCCGAUCAAGGUCUGGGCCACUCCCGGCCUGGAGCACUUGGGUCAGUACUCUGCCGACAUUGCCGCCAAAACUUUGGCUUUCUUCGACAAGAAGUUCGACAUUCCAUACCCAUUGCCCAAGUUGGACAUGGUCGCCAUCCAUGAUUUCAGUGCCGGUGCCAUGGAGAACUUCGGUCUUAUCACCUACAGAACCGUCGACUUGCUCUUGGACCCAAAGAACACCAACGUCAACACCAUGCAGAGAGUCACCGAGGUGGUGAUGCACGAGUUGGCUCACCAGUGGUUCGGUAACUUGGUCACCAUGGACUUCUGGGAUGGCUUGUGGCUCAACGAGGGUUUCGCUACUUGGAUGUCGUGGUACGCCUGUGACUCUUUGUACCCUGACUGGAAGGUUUGGGAGUCUUACGUCGCUGACUCUCUUCAGCACGCCUUGACCUUGGACGCCUUGAGAUCUUCUCACCCAAUUGAGGUGCCAGUCAAGAGAGCCGACGAGAUCAACCAGAUCUUCGACGCCAUCUCCUACUCCAAGGGCUCCUCCUUGUUGAAGAUGAUCUCCCGCUGGUUGGGUGAAGAGACCUUCGUCAAAGGUGUGUCCAACUACUUGAAGAAGCACAAGUGGGGCAACACCAAGACUACUGACUUGUGGGAGGCCUUGAGCGAGGCCAGUGGUAAGGACGUUGUCAAGGUCAUGGAUAUCUGGACCAAGAACGUUGGUUUCCCAAUUGUCCAUGUUGAAGAGACUGGCAAGGGCGAGCUUUCGCUCACACAGAACAGAUUCCUUGCUACUGCUGAUGUCAAGCCUGAAGAGGACAAGGUCUUGUACCCAGUGUUCUUGGGCUUGAAGACUUCUGAGGGUACCGACGAGGCUGCUGUCUUGGAGACCAGAAACAAGACCAUCACCCUCAACACUUCUGACGACUUCUUCAAGGUCAAUGGUGAUCAAUCAGGUAUUUACCGUACCGCUUACUCACCUGAGCGUUGGACCAAGUUGGGUAACGCUGGUGUUGCCGGUAAGUUGACUGUGGAGGACCGUAUUGGUUUGGUUGCCGAUGCUUCCUCCUUGGCCUCCUCUGGCUUCAUCAGCACCACUGCUCUUUUGGACUUGGUCAAGUCCUGGUCCAACGAGGCUAACUACGUGGUCUGGGACCAGAUUUUGACUUCCACCUCGCAAGUCAGAGGUGCCAUGAUCUUUGAGGAUGAGUCUGUCAAGGAAGCCCUCAACCUUUUCGUUGCUGACUUGAUCUCGAAGAAGCUUAAGGAGGUCGGCUAUGAGUUCUCUGACUCCGACUCCUUCGCUGACCAGCAGUUGAAGUCCUCUUUGUUCGGUGCCGCUGCUGCAACCGGUCACAAGGAGGUCGUUGACUACGCUGUGGAUUCUUUCAAGAAGUUUGUUGCCGGUGACAAGAAGGCCAUCAACCCUAACUUGAGGAGCUCCAUCUUCAACGUCAACGCCAAGCUCGGUGACGAGAAGGUGUUCGACCAGCUCUACUCCAUCUACACCAACCCACUGUCUGUCGAGGAGAAGAUCGCUGCCUUGAGAUCUUUUGGUAGAUUUGAGGACGAUGCUGUUCUCGACAAGGUGGCUGGUUUGUUGAUGAAGACUGACAUUGUCAAGGCCCAGGAUAUCUACAUCCCAAUGCAGGGAAUGAGAGCCCACAGAAAGGGUAUCGAGCGCUUGUGGAAAUGGCUCACCGAGAACUGGGAUGCUAUCUACAAGUUGUUGCCUCCAGGUCUCUCCAUGUUGGGCUCUGUUGUGACCCUUGCCUCCUCUGGUUUCACAAAGCAGGAGCAGAAGCAGCAGGUUGAACAAUUCUUCAAGGACAAGAACACCAAGGGUUUCGACCAGAGUGUUGCCCAGACUCUUGAUAUCAUCACUGCCAAGUCUAACUGGUCUACGCGUGACGGUGAUGUGAUUGCCCAGUGGCUCAAGAAGAACGACUACUCUUCUAAGCUCUGA